AUGCAGUCCAUCCUCCAGCACCGCAGGAUUCGCAGAAAGCUGGAGCAACAGAUUGUCACAAAACACGGAGUCCCCGAAGAUGUCUGGACCCAGGAAGGUCGCUAUUACUAUCGCGAUGGAGAGAUUCACACGCACCCUCGUGAACCAGAUGACAACGUACCUGCUAUACGGAGAAGAGAACAUGGCCAUCGCACGAUCAUCUCUGGUCCAACCGUCAAUCGUCAUUCUGCAAGAACACACUUGGAACGAGAUGGUGAUGUUGAGCGAGCAGACAUCGACCCGGAACUUCAGACCGAUCCUCACACAAUCAAUACUCAAGAGACACUGGGAAACACCACCGACAUGAUGGUGACUGGCGUUGAAAGAGCUCAGCCGGGCUCUGGGGUAGCAACUGGCGUCCGUGACGGAGUUGCUCUAGGAGCCGACGGGAGCGAAAUCGAUAGUGUGUCCGAUAUGGAGUCGAUUAAAAAGAACAAAAUCAUCAUUGUGACUUUUGAAGGGGACCUUGACUUGAUGGAUCCGCACAAUUGGUCCUUCAUGCGCCGACUGGGAACCACUCUUCUUACUUCGUUCAUUGCCAGCGUGAUGUUUUGGUCUUCGACCAUUGAUGCUACUGCUCACAGCAGAACAGUUAAACUGUUUCAUACAAGCUUUGAGGUCCAGACUUUGCCCACUACUUUCUAUCUGGUUGGACUCGGUGUGGGUGCCCUGGUAACAGCACCCUUCUCCGAACUUUUUGGGCGCACUCCUGUAUACAUUCCAACCACUGUGGGAUUCAUGCUGUUUAACAUGGCUGCUGCACUGUCUCAUAAUGUGGUACAACGGAUCAUUUGCCGUGGAAUCGCGGGCUUCUUUGGAUCUGCACCGGCUGUCAUCGCAGGGGCAUCUCUUGUUGAUGUCUGGUCACGCGUCGAGCGAGUUUAUGCCUUUCCCAUUUUUGCUAUCAUGGGAUUCUCAGGUGCACUGGUCGGUCCGAUUCCUGGAUCUUUCGUCGUCAAUAGCCGAGACUUUUCCUGGCGAUGGGUGGACUGGAUCACAAUUAUAUACGCAGGUGUUAUUCUGAUUUUGAUUAUCUUUCUGUUGCCAGAGACAUACAGUCCCAUCCUGCUAUACUGGAAAGCAAAAGAACUACGCCGUCUGACAGGCGACGAAAGAUACCGAUCUCCAUUGGAGUUCAACAAAGUUCCGUUUGCGAAGCGUCUACGAAUCUCACUCUACCGGCCGAUCCUCCUUUUCAUAACAGAGCCUAUCAUCUCGAUUCAUGCCGUCUACCUUUCAAUCCUUUUCAUCGUUCUUUACACUUUCAUCGCGGGUUACGUCUCGAUCUUUGAAAAAGCAAACGGGUUCAAACCAACCGAGGCCGCAAUCGCCUUCUUGGGUAUUGAAGUCGGUGUUCUCUUGUCAGCACUGACAGUACCGCUCGCCAUGUGGCUUCUCCGCCGCGACAUUCGCCGCAGUCGUGCACAGGGCCAGAGCCGCCCAGACCCAGAAAUCAGUCUUUACAUGGGUAUGUUUGGCGCUCCGUUCAUCCCUGUAUCACUAUUCUGGAUGGGGUGGACGUCUCGUCUGUCCAUCUCAUAUUGGAGUCCGCUGAUUGCAUCGGUCUUUUUUGGAUUUGGAACGCUAUGUGUGUUUGUGUCCGCAUUUCAGUACGUUGCAGAUGCGUUCGAGCUUAAUGUUGCUAGUGCUCUCUCGACACUCCAGAUGAUGCGGCUUGUUACUGCUGGCGUUAUGGCGAUUGUCUCAGAGGUGAUGUACAAGAAAUUGGGUACUGGUUGGACUUUGACAUUGUUAGGCUGUCUUUCGUUUUUGUUUCUACCAGUGCCUUACGUACUAUAUUGGAAAGGGGAAAAGGUGCGUUCCUGGAGUAAAUAUGCUCGGGGGAAUUGA